AUCAAGGUGGUGAUGCUGGAGUUGCUUACAGUGGUGUUGUUUGUAAAGUAGAGGCAGUGGGACUAACAACUGUAACUCUAAGAGAAGGAAAACACCUGGAUAAUAUGCCGGCCCUAAUGGCUCACGAGAUGGGACAUAUUUUGGGAUCUCCGCACGAUGGAACAGGCGUAGGAACCUAUCCUCCUGAUACAACUUCGUAUAAUAUACCUGGAACGUGUCCGGAAAACUUGUAUAUCAUGACUCCGUCACAAUCUGGCACUAUUGUGGAGUGGAGUGAAUGCUCAAGGAGAAGCAUUGACUUCCUUUAUGACCUUCGAGAAAAGGAAAACCCCAAAAAUGGAAACUGUUUUUAUACAUAAUUUAUAUUUUAAUUUAUUGAACUAAUGAAACAAAUAUAAUCAACUUCAAGUA